AUGGGUUCUGGAGGUACGGUAAAAGUUGAUAUCGACCGCCUGGAUACCAAUGGAACGUUCACAAAUCAUGAUAUCGUUAGAGGAGUUGUCACCCUUGCUGUCACAGACCUGAUCUCGCUUGCUCUGAUCGACGUGAAGCUUGAAGGGAUUACUCGCUCGGAACUCAAAGUACCUGAGGUUAAGCGAAGAAAAUCGGAUAAAGAACGCAUGCGUACGAUUAUUGAUGUCCACAAAGUCUUGUACGAUUCAGUUGUUGUAUUUCCUCCUCCAAACGUACGCAAUGUUCAACUGGGACGCGAAUUCACUUUAACCCCUGGAAAUUACACCUAUCCUUUCGAAUUCACUAUUCCUUUGGAGCUGAAUUGUGUGAAAGUGAGUGGGAUCACCAACAAAGUUCUGUUUAAUAAGAAGAACAUGAAUGUGGUUCUCAACAAUGGGAAUUUCAAUCAGAAAUUUUUUGUUAACAAAGCAAAACUGUACUUAAAUCAACAGCUUGAUCCUGGUAUGCCACCUCAGAGGUCUUCUGUGCAGCAAUAUCACAUAUCUGCUCAAUUACCGCCUCUGUUACUGGGCAUGGAUGAUUUUGCGCUGGUCAAGUAUUUUGUCAAAGUGACAUGCAAACGUCUGCUGAUAUUCAAGCAGAAUUUGCGUUCCUACGAGCCAUUUGUGUUUUUACCAUUGGAUCUUGAUAUUCCGCAACAGAACUCAACUCGAUUGGCAGAGGAGGAAUAUAGAGAGGUAUUCGUAAGAAAACAUGUUGUGUUUUCGAAUCGUAUACCUGAUAUCAUCGGAGUUCCAGCUUCUCCACCUCGCACUACACCUCCACCACCAAUGAUGCCUGAUCCAAUCACGGUGCCAUCGCCACAGCAGAAACGAGGAUUCUUCAAAAAGAUUUUUGAUCCUUCGACAAUGCCUACUGAUCGUCUGUACGGUGGCCAAAUCAAUUCAGGUCAACCUAUCAAUAUUUCGAAGCAACGGAAUAGAAAGGAGUAUGAAAUUCAAGCCAAGGAUGUUCCGUUCGGAUUUGAAAUACGAUUCCGACACCCGGCAUUCCUCAUCCCCGACAAGCCCCCAUCAUUUCGGCUUUUCCUUGUUUCUAACCAUCGACCGCUGCGUUAUGAACUUCAAUAUGGUCGACCAGGAGAACUGAGUGGCUUGGGUGUAGUGUAUUUGCAAAAGCUAUCUAUAUCACUCACCAUUUUCACUUCAGUACUGGUACUCGAAGAUAACGGCAACGAAAGAGAUAUUCACAAUGGGACAAAUGAACGUGUGAUUCCAAUAUGCAAUAACGUCUAUGAGAAUCUCAAAUUUGAUUUGGUUAAUGCAAAACCUGUUAGACUGGCAGGGAUGCAAAGCCAUGUUGGUGGGGGAGAAAUUUACGAAAUUGAAAUCCCUAAGCAGUACUUUUCUAAUUGUGUAUUGCCGGAACACUUAUCUCCGACUUUUCGAACGUGUAACAUUAGCCGAAAAUAUCUGUUGACGGUGCUGGCUGGUUUUUCGCUGGAGAAGGUACACAAUUUUAAAGACUCCAACGAAAUCAAUCGCAAAGUUAAAAAUGUUGAAUUGGUAUGUCCCAAUGUUCGAAUUCUAUCGGGCUUGCAGCUUACGCUGCUGUUGCACUCAAAUGCUCUGAAAUCUUCAGUCAAUUUUGGGGAAAGCACUGGCUCAAUUCCAACGUACUCAAAAACUCCACCCUAUCCUGCAACUGAAUCUGGGUUAUCGGAGAAGCAACAAGCUGUUGAACAAAACACGUUACCCACCUACACCGAUGUUAUGAGGGAGGCGUCCUACCAAGACGAUCAGGAGCACCAAAGAGCACGGCGUCGUUAUAAGCAGCAUGAAAUGUAUUACCAUAAUUUGGAUGGGUGA